AUGCUCGUUGGCUCCUCGCAACACGGUGCACAAUCGGAACAUUCCUCCCCCUUGUCUGGUUUCAAGUUCACGAUCAUUGGCCAACCCCCAGCGCUGCUGCAGCGACUCGGACCUGCGCAGGAGGAUUCACAGUAUUCUUCUCCUUCGCCACCGUCCUUGACUUCCGAAUUGCCCAGCGCGCAAGAAGCACCGCGCACCAGACCCUCGUUACUCGAGGCUCUGAGCAAUUCCGGCGACAUAAUAUUGAACGCUGAAGACAGUUCGAACAGUUUACUUGUCCCUGUCUUUCCCGAAAACGCGUCGACAGAACCUCCUCAUCAACCUUCCCUUGUUCCUUCACCACACAAUACGGUGUCGCAGAUUAGUAUGACAUCUAUUCGUGCGGAUCAUACUCUUGCAGGCUCUCCCAGGACCCCCACCGUGCCUGCUACGAACGACGAUACCCGAACUAAUGAUUAUGUGCCCAUUGGCAAGGGGGACACCACCGCCGUCCUUCAGGAGCAUACGCAUUUAUCCCGUCCAUCGCCCUCGCCUGACUUAUUCACUUUUCUGUCCCUCCUUACGCAAGAACAGGCUGAUUGGGACGAGAUACGCAACCUGAAGGAAAAGUACCAAGACGAGUAUAAGGAAUUACUUCUCAGAAAGGACGAAACGCAACGGGCCGUGCAGAGAGAGCUGGAUCAGGCAAACAAGCUGUUUGCUCUUGCGGAGUCAGCGCUGGAGAAGAUGGAACUGUUGCGCUUGAAGCAGGAUCAACGUCUAUCCUCGGAGAAGCAUAAGGCGGAGGCCCUUGCCGCAGAAGCUGCCAAGUUGCUUGAACAAAGGGAUCAAGCCGAAUUGCAGAAGGCCAUGGAUGAACGGCGUAGGAAUGAAGCUGAAAGACAGAUGGAGGAAAAGCGUCAACAGGAAACGGCGGCUGCCGAAGCAGAAGCGGCAGCAGAGCAAGACAGAUUGAGGAAACUGGAGGAACAGCGAGCAUCAGAGGAGGCGAACAAGCGCAGGUGCGAAGAAGAGGGCAGGCUAAAGGCGGAAGAAGACGGGAGACGCAAGACGAAGGAGCGGGAGGCCGUUUUUGUGCGGGCGCAAGAAGAGAAACGUUUACAAGAACAGGAGGCUGAAGAACGAGAGAAACUACGUCAGCAGGAACUUCGGAAAGCGAAGGUCAUGGAACAGAAGAAGGCGGCGGCGGCUGACAACGCCGCACGUAGUCGUGCUGCUCAGCUCAAGGCGAAACUGGAGAAGGAGAAAAGCGAAGCCAAUUCACAGUUGUCAGCUCCUCCGCCUCUCCCGCCUUCGACCACUUCGAUUUCAACGCCACCAGGUAAGGAGCGGCAUGUUGCUACCGCGCCCACCAAUGCUUCUUCCGCGAAGGCUCCUCCAUACCAGUCAAGUGGUAUCGUACCGGCAGCGCCGCCUCCUCCUUCCCUUCCUACCAUGCAGGCGUCACUGCCAGCUCGACCUGCUAUUGACGCAUUUGGGGCAGAACCUACGAAAUCCCAGAGAUCUCGGGGAGCGAAGCAGCCUGUCCGAGUGACUAACCCUCCCACAGCACUUGCCGAUCCUUCUGGAGUUCCAGGGAGGUCUUUACUUACUCAAAAGGGCGUGAGACUCCAUUCGACCAGCUCAAGGGUGGCACUACCGCAUCCUGCAAUCCAGGGCGAGGUACUACCCUCGUCCGCGGCAGAAACCUCGCAACGCGUUCACACUGUGAAAAUUGAACAGUUGACAUCCGAUAUUCCUCGAUCUACCGGGGUGUCGAACUCAGAUGCUUUGUCGCACAAACCUCCCUCGGAUCAUGAGGAGUUGCUGGACUCUGAGGAUCUGCAUUCCCAGCUUAAGUCCAGGCCUAUAUCGUCUCUCCCGUCAAGAAAUGGUGCAUCCACGUCAUCGGCUUCUCAGCUCCAGUCAAAUGUAUCAUCUCGCCUUCUGACUGCAAAGGGAACGCACAGUGAUCCAUUUCAGGCAUCGGGCACCGGCUCUGCCCCUCCCUCGGACAGAAACCCUUCUAUCGCAGGUUCGAAAGUACCAGAGGCAGAUGGUGUUGCCUGUCAAAGUGCCGCGCCGCAAAUUCCAUCCUCUGAACUCAGAGCUCUCGCGGUAAAUGGAGGGUCAUCCAUCAUGCCAGGCAAACUACCCUCUCCAGGUCAUUCUCACAUGAUGGACGGUGGAUGGUCCAGUUAUUAUCACGACGACCCUUGGGUCAACACUCCAAGAGCUGAGCGCAUGUCUCCAAUAGAAGAUCGAGUACCGGAGAAAGGUGACCGAAGUUUGCAGACAGACGGAGUCCUUGGUCGACCCGCGGGUGACCAUUGGUCACCUUCCCCAGAUCGUGGCAGAGAUUUACAGCCACGUCAUCGCGGCGACUUCGUUUCGCCCCAAGAUCGCCAUCCUCGUGGCCCGACGAUUCGCAAUCAUAAUCCGGCUCCUGGACCUACUCGGAAAAGGCGACGAGAGAACGACGAUCCUUGGCUUUCGAACGAACAGCCUCCGCUUCACCGGCGUAGGCCCGCAGAGAUGGCACAAGAAACGCGUCGAAUACCAGGUGCUCAGACGCGUCCGGUAGAGCCCCGGUCUCCAUCACCACUUCCUCCACGCAUGUAUGACCCAAGACUAAGAUCACCUACAACGUACUCUGCUCGGGAUGCUGUCUAUGUUGGAGACCCUGCUUAUCCGGAUUAUCCAUCCGACUUACUGCCGCGUAAUGAUAAUUGGUUCUUUCCGAGCGCGUACGACGCUAACGGCAGCCAGCCAUACGAUUACUACGCAUCACAGGAUGAACGACGUCUCGUCUCAGGUCCUGCCGCUAGUGACUCUGUCGCGCAAUCUUCGUCUGUUCAGGAUCGUCCGGGGAACCACUCGUCCGUUGCCGAGUCCGAGUACUUGCAUGAUCAAGGCCGAUCAUCUCUCCUACGGCGCAUGAAGGCACCUGAGCGUCGACAGGCUGGAGGAAGCACCCGGAACGACAAUGACGAUUGGGCGGAUCAUCUUUCAUACUCGCCACCUCUACGCGCAUCUCAACGCGGACGGGGCGCUACCAACCGGAGCCGAGGGAACAGUACGGCAUCGAAAGGUUCGGGGAGGCAGCAACGUCCCACUCUGCAGGAUCGCCUCUCAACCAAUAGCAAACAGAACGGAAAGACGAGCGAUCUUGGAGCCCGUCUGUCUUGA